CACCAGAAAUCUGGGCUGACGGACCCCUGCAGCCGCAGCCACCGCAUCGAACUGAGGCCGCAAGCACUCGCCGCCCGCAUGCAUCUCGCCGCCGACCUCCCGCACCGCGGCGGCCGCCUCGGCCCGGGGCCCCUCGCGCUCGCGGCCUCCGUUCUCCGCCGAGAGCAUCGCCGCCGCGCGCUCGCCGGCGGAGCCGUACUCGCUUCCGCUCUGCUCCUCGUGGCCACGCCGCGGCUCCGCCACUCGCCCGCGCUCCACCUCUUCGCUGACAUGCGCAACCUCUUCGGCGUGCCCAACACGCUCAACGUGCUUACCUCCUACCCGCUCCUCCUCGCCGGGGUCCCGGGCCUUGUGCUCUGCCUCUGCGGGAGUGGAUGCUUCGGCGUCAGUUUGAGGUGGGAGGCCUUGGGAUGGUUCCUCUUCUUUGCUGGGAAUGUAGCAGCAGCUUUUGGUUCAGCUUACUAUCACCUCAAGCCAGAUGAUGACCGGUUAAUUUGGGACAGGUUGCCGAUGAUGAUAUCAGCCUCCUCACUUUUGUCUAUAUUAGUAAUUGAAAGAGUUGAUGAGAGGGCUGGGCUAUCUUGUUUGAUCUCACUACUAUCUCUUCUAUUAGUGGGCAGUGCGUGUGAAAGGGUUCUUGAUGAUAUGCGUUUGUGGGUGAUUCUAAAUUUUGUUCCUUGCAUUGCAAUUCCUGUGAUGCUAUUCUUGUUUCCUCCCAAGUAUACACAUUCAAGAUUUUGGUUCCUUGCUACAGGAUUUUACCUUCUAGCAAGAUUUGAAGGCCUUGCUGACAGGAAGGUUUACAGUGUGAACCGGUAUUUCAUUAGCGGCCAUUCCUUGGAGCACCUUUGUUUUGCCAUGGUGACCUUGAUACUGACUGUGAUGUUGUCCUUCAGAAAUAUCAAGAUUGCCAGGGACUCGUGACCGCGUUGCUGAUAGUAACAUGGGUGCAGAGAUCCUGUGAAAAAACUAAAUGUUUGGGCGGCCUCUGGGAAGACCUGAAGAGACCUUGCUAGAAGCCUAGACGAUCUGGUUUACCAUUGCUUUCACUGCCUAAGUGGCUCCACCCUCCCUCGUGUUGUUUCAGGCUGAUGGUGGCAUAGGCCAUAUACAGGGCUAGCAAAAAUCUUAUUGAUCUGUCCAAUUCAUGCCGUGAGAAUUGUUUGUGUUUGGAGUUUGUUAACAUGGAAAAACUGGACGGCGAGAUUGCAUUGUAUAAAGACACCCAACUGUGAAAUGAUUUUUCUUGC